AUGGCCAGCCUUACUCCCUUCCGUCUCGCCGUGGGCGCCGCUCUGCUGCUGGCCAAGGUUUGCUAUGGGCAAGACGCCAGCCCUAGCCCGAGCGCGACCGACGACAGCGAUAACGACAGCGACAGCGAGGUGGCAUCGCCCAGCAGCUCGGCGUUCGCGUACCCGCCGGGCUCGUACCAGAUCGGGUCGGCGACGUACUACGUGGCGUGCGAGGCGGCCAACACGGGCAGCGGGCUGUCUCCGGCCAACAUCGCCGACAUCGCAGCCUCCAUUGACGACUACGGCGCGUGCAUGGCCUUCUGCAACACGCUGGGCGACGAGUGCGGCAUCGCCAUGUGGGACGUCUACUCAAACACCCCCUGCGUGCUCCUCACGUCGUUCGAGACCAUCGCCACGUCGCCGCUCGGGCGCUGCUACGCGGCCAAGAGCCCCAACUUCAUGAGCGGCAGCAGCAGCAUGACCGCCGCUCCCAGUUCGUCAUCCUAUCCAACGCCGUACCCGUGGUCCAAGACGCGCGCUUACCCACCGCCGGGAGGCGAUCAGUACGGAUACGGUCCGCCCCCCGGCUCGCCGCCGGCCCAGGGCAUGAACGUGAUGAGCCCGUCGUCCCCGUUCGGCGCCCCCAUGAACAACCCGAUGGCACCGGCGUCUUCGCCGUCUUCCUCGCCGCAGCAGCAGCAGCAGCAGCAGCAGCAGGCGGCGGCCCCGCUGCCCAACACCAACCUUCGCCGCCCGGCCUCCACACCGGUUAGUCCUGCCCUCCCCCUGCAGCCUGCCCGCGCAUCAUCAAGACCAUCAAACCGAUCCCGCCCCUUCGCUUCCGCAUUCGCCCCCUCCCCCGCCAGCAGCAGCCGUGCGGCUCCCAGCUUCAGCGACAUCGACCCGUUCGGCACCGACGCGCCGUACCCCCUCCAGACCCUGCGCGCCGACUCACGGUGCGGCAUGGAGUGGGGCAACAUCCCGUACACGUCGUGCCCGAUCGGGGACCGCGUGUACGGGCCGUGCUGCUCGCGCUUCGGGUACUGCGGCUUCGGGCGGGCGUACUGCGAGCUGGGGUGCCAGCCCAAGUACGGUCUGUGUGCGGGUGCCGAUUUCUAA